AUGGUCACUCGAGACAAUACUCCACAGGUUCUUUCGACCCUGCGGAAUAACUUCCCUGCGGGGACGUCAUUUUCUAUCCUUGCUGUCACGCCCGACGGGAAGAUAAGCAUCCACGCGUCGGAUAUCCUCAAACCGUACGCCGACAAAUGGUACGACGAGGAUGUCCACAAGGAUGCCCGUGCUGCAGUAGAAACUUUGCCUGCCAGAAAGCGGUCACAUAUCUCAAUAUCACUACCGGUUUCUAGUAAGAUCAGCGCGAAAAAGGCCGCCGCAAAUGCUGCAGCUGCAGCUGCAGCUUCAAGCGCGGCUAGCCAAAUAAUUUCUCCCCCAGCACCGUCAGAGGAAGAUGAGCUGCCCACCAUAGCGAUACUAGCCGAUGAAGAGGAUUCGCCAUCUCCUUUAUCAACCAUAAGACCGAGGAAAAAGCGAAGAGCAUCGGCACCUUCGCAGGAGACCUCUAUAGAUACCACAACAUUUACUCCAAGAAAGCCGCGGCAGAGAAAGAACAGUACGGCCGGUAUCAAAUCGGCUCCUAAUUCGACGAAGAUCAAAAAAGAAGCCGAUACUCCCGAAGGUAUCCAAGUGGAGUCCGAUUGGACAACAAUUGACAUGAUGCAGGACGGGGAGGGGGACCUUAACGACAACGACGAUGACGACGAGGAGAGCGAGGAGGAAGAGUUGCAACUUGAGCCGUUACGCAUAGGAGACGAGGAGGCUGUUAAUAAAUACAUAUAUAACAAAUUCUUACAAAUCCAGCAACUGGAUUGUAAGACCAUUGCGAAAUGCUGGAUCAAGGUUAUAGAACCUAAAAAGCAGGCGCAUAGCCCGUAUAAUGGGGGCGAUUCUACUAAGCCAUGGUGGUGGCCGGAAGGUGCUCCACAUAAAGAACCAGAUCAUCUUCUCAAAGAAGACCGACUCGAUGUUUUGCUUAACAUUGUUAGAAAUGGGAUCGCCCCGAUUUGUCAACUAAGGGCUUCAACUGAUGAUGCCCCACUACGAGCCACCAAAAAGGAAAUUCUUGCUGAGAUGUAUGAUGUGGUGGAUUUGGAACUCAGGCUGAAGGAUGGGAAUUUAGAUCGCGACCAUAUCCGCUUCGUUAAACCCUUCAUCAAAGGCAAUAAGAGAAGAAAGAAGAGAGUACCGAAAAAUACGCUGCCGAAAAACCCCCUUCCUCCUAAGGAUAAACAGAAACGAGACCUGACGAAGACAGAAAUCGGGGAUCCGGUGUUUAGCUCCAUAAUGGAACCCGAGUCCAGCCUUGUCAGUUUCUUCAAGAAGGAAGAAGACCAGGAAACUGCGGAUGGGGUACUGGUCCAAAGAUCAGACUUGGCACCAGAUAACUCGGUGUUCCCUGGACACGGUGUUUCCCAGGUCCAUGGCUCCCAGGAAUCGUAUAUACGACGGCAAUCUACCGGGGUCAUUGGUGCGGCUAACCCGAGUGACAUCCCUAAUAUUGGCUCUCAACACCGAUCUAAUAGUGUCCCGUACCCGCAGCAUACUUCCGGUCGUUUUGGUAGAGAUCGUCUGGGUACCGUCGGCACACCCGGGGCACAAUUCAUCAACCCGAGCGUCCAUUCAAGCCCCAGUAUUACAGAUGUUGCAACUCACGUCUUUGAUUUCACCCCCAGCCCAACUUCCCUAUCCCCUUAUGGGACCAAUCAAUCCCCUAGACAUGCUGUCAACCUUUUGGCUACGACGCACGCCGAUCCUACCCCUGGAUUAUACCAAUAUAACAGCGGUUUUGAUCAACUUCCUUACCCAAUUCCUUCCCCGGGUGACAUCACAAUGGAGGAAUAUUACCCCAGCCCGGUUGUUCCUACUAAUAUUUUCCAACCCACUUUUAGCGGGGAUGCCUACUCUGGGUUCGCAUUAGAUGAUACUCAGUCAAUUCAGAGUUAUCCUCCUGGCCCUCCAUCUCAAUUCUACCCCGACCACGGAAUGCGAGAUAUCGCUAUGGCGGAAGGUACCAACACAUACGGCGUCUAA